ACUCCCACUGUGAAGACUCUAAACCACAAGCACUCUUUGCACUCAGUAGUUAGGAAUAAUUUUUCUUUACUUUGAGAGCUUUUUUUCUAAAUCUUGAGAGAAAUUUUACAUUGUUUUUUCACUUUUUAAUUUCUGUAUUUUUUACCCAAAAAUUUGUCUUAACUGACACAUCUAAAAAGUUUGGGAUCAAAUUAUUGAAUGGCUCCGUUUUUAUCAACAUACUUCUUAAUUUUGAUAUCAGCACAACUGGUCAAAUCAUCAGGUGUGUUUGAGUUGAAGGUUCACUCUUUCACAACCUCCAGCAGCAGCAGUGUUUGUGAACAGUCCAGAGAGUGUAAGGGUUUUUUCCGUGUUUGCCUGAACUACACGCAGAAUGUCUUUUCAUAUAGGCUGGCAUGUUCAGAGGACACUGGACUGCCAGGAACAUUCAGCACAGACCAGAGCUCCAUUUCCACUAGUGCACCAAUAGCUGUGCCCUUUAACUUAAAGUGGCUGGGAACUGUCUCAGUGAUAAUUGAAGCAUGGAACACAGAGUCCUCCAAUGAUCAGUCGACAGAGGAUCUAAACAGUUUGAUUAGCCACUUUGCCACAGAAAGAAAUCUUACUAUUGGUGAGAAAUGGUCCCAGGAUGUGCAUCUUGGAGAGCAAAGUAAACUGCGCUUUUCCUACCGUGUAGUGUGUGAUGAAUUCUUCUAUGGCGACGACUGCUCUGAUUUCUGCCGUCCACGAGAUGACCCGUUCGGUCACUUUAACUGUGACGCCGCUGGAAAUAGAAUUUGUUUGCCUGAAUGGAAAGGCGAAUAUUGUGCGGAGCCUAUCUGCCGAUCCAGCUGUAGUGAGAAACACGGUUAUUGUGUGGCCCCUGGUCAGUGCGAGUGCUUCUAUGGGUGGCAGGGCCCUCGCUGUGAUGAGUGUGUACCCUAUCCAGGGUGCAUGCAUGGCACCUGCCAACAACCCUGGCAGUGCAUGUGUGACGAGGGAUGGCGUGGCCUGUUGUGUGACAAGGGUCAAAAUAUCUAAAUUCAGAAAUGAUGUGUUUUCCUGGUUGUGUUUUCAUUUUUGAAAUACAAAAAAUAUAAUUAAAUUUCAAUUUUCUUUUUCCGGGACAUCAAAAAUCAUGAUGUCCUGUCAACAAUAGAUAGCGUUUAUGGCAAAAUGUGACAUUUAUUAAACUGUUUAAAAUUACGAGCAUCGUUUUAGGUUUCUUUUAGGGCCAGUGUGACAUCAAGGAGACAUUUCAACAGCAAAUGCGCUCUAUAUUACAGAGAGGACUUAGAUGUUACCCAUCACACCCAAGUUGUAUUAUGCUGUCAUGACCUUUGGUGGUAGAUGUUGGAAGUACAUCUUAUGGCUGCAUAGAACACCUUUCUCCAUUGACAGUCAUUGAAAAAAAAAAGUGCAUUCUGACUGCAUUUUUGCGGGCAACAAAAGGAUAGUGGAUAUUUCAUUGAAUAUACAGUAUUUAUAUAUAUUAUAUAUUCACUUUAAAAUACAAGAUGCUUUGCCAGGGUCAUUUUUUGAGGGCUCUCAAGGGUUAGUUCAUGAUUUGAUCACUUUCAUGCUGUUCCCAACCUGUAAGACUUUCAUUGAUCUUUAACAACAUAAAUGAAGAUAUUUGAAUGAAAUUGGAGACCUUUCUGUCCCUUCAUUGAGUCUACACAACUACCUACCACUUCAACGCUUCAAAAAGUCAAUAAAGAGAUCAUAACUAAUCCAUGAAUGGAGUGGUUUAGUCAAAACUUUCUUAAGACAGAUUGAAUUUAGGCUUUUAUUCACAUAUAAAUAUUCAUCAACUCACACAUCUGUUAUGAUAAAUGGAAGUUCAAGCAUGUUUACUUGAUGUGCAAGAAUUAAUGAUGUUCUUUCUCGUGUUAUAAAGCACGUUUGAGCUUCAGCAGGAACCAAAAUCCAUGUACUUUGAAGGUUUUUUUCAAUUCAUAACAGUAAGAGUCAAUUUUAACAAUAAUAAAUGUGCAUAAAACAAGUCUUUUAGAAUGCAGCACAAUAUGUGCAGUAUAUGUGCAUAUAUGUGCAAUAUGUGCAGUGACGUGCGGUCUGGGUAGGCAAACUAGGCACUACUUACCCUGCCAAAAUUCAAAAAUAAAAAUGUUUAUUAAAUAA